AUGUUCCUGGCAUUAACAAAACCAAAAGAACGGCGCAAAUCAGCACCUCUCAUAACUACCAGGAAUUCACGUGAAUGUUGUCCACGCACCUGUGAAACUGCUGAACCAGGCUGUAGUGAAAGAAAUGAAAAUGAGACUUCUCCGCUUGUUUUGCAAUUAAGGGAAGAAUUGGAAAAAACAAGAUUGGAUAAUGAGCGAACUCCAUCACCUUACUAUGAACCUCUAAAUAUCGUCCAGUCUCGAAAACAACAACGAUCUCUAUCCAAACAAAAACGACGUUCAAAUACUACAGCAGAAAUUACUCCGCAUAAAUACACCGAUGAUCCACUAAUAGCUUGGGAAAUGAUUAAAAAUAAUCGUCCUGUGAAGGCGGUGAGACAGAUGAAAUUGAGUACACCAAUAAGACAUGAUGCUGUCCGAUUUGUCUGUAUGGCUUGUAUUCAUCAGUCAUUUCCGGAUCCGCAAUUUAUUCCGCCCGGUGAUAUACUCAUAGUUGCAGGAGAUUUUACAUUGUACGGUCGGCCAGAUGAAGUUGAACUUUUUAGUAAAUAUUUAAAACAACUUCCACAUACUCUUAAAGUGGUAAUAGCUGGUAAUCACGAAUAUACUUUCGAUGAUCGUUUCAUGAAAGCUCACGGAAGUAAAUUUGGUGAGAAGAAAUUAGCUGUGAAACAAACACUUAGCAAUGAAUUUUCAUUGCAAGAAAUGAAAAAUGCUAAAGCGAAAUUGGAAAAUGUAAUUUAUUUAGAAGAUAGUUCUUCGGAACUAUUUGGUAUUCGAAUUUAUGGAACGCCAUGGCUACCAGAAUACGAUGAUAUGGCUUUUAACCUGCCUCGUGGGCAAGCUUUACUUGAUAAAUGGAAUGACAUACCCGCUGGCAUCGAUGUUCUCAUCACUCAUACGCCACCGCUAGGACACGGUGAUAUAUUAUCAACAGGGGAACAUGUCGGAUGUGUCGAAUUACUGAAUUCUGUAGUCAAACGUAUUCGACCAAAGUAUCAUAUUUUCGGUCAUAUUCAUUCAGGAUAUGGCUGUACAACGGAUGGUUAUACAAAAUUUGUAAAUUGUUCUUUGGUAGAUGAUCGAUUACAAUUAGUAAAUAAUCCUAUCAUUUUUGAUAUAUCUGUUGAUGAGAAUAAGAAAGAACGUUGGACAUACAAAUAUCGUCGAGCUAUUAAGCAUAAUAGCUAA